CCGGCCUGUGAAAGAGAGAGAGGAGUUGUGUAGGGGGAGUAUUAGUUCUCCGGUUCAUUCUACCCGUGUCACUCUCUCUGUAUCUCAGCUCCUCUCGCUCUAUCUCUCUCUUCUCCAUUAUUUCUAAGUACUCCAUCAGCAGUCAUGAGUUACAGACCGUCCAGCAGCCACACCUCUUUCCAACGCUCCACGCCCGUGUCCUCCUACCGGGCCGCCAGCACCUAUGGAGGGGCCGGAGGCCAGGGCACUCGCAUCUCCUCCACUGCCUACGGGGGCCUCCGCAGCGGUGCCCCGGCCGGCUCCUCCUCCUACUCCACAUCCUCCUUUAAGGUGAGCGGCGGUGGUAUGGGCAUGGGUGGUGGCAUGGGUGCCGCUAUGGGUUUGGGCAUGGGUGGUCUGAUGAAGACAGCGGCGGCAGGUGGUGGCGGUGGUGGUCACGUCAUGGGAAAUGAGAAGGGGGCCAUGCAGAACCUGAACGACCGUCUGGCCAACUACCUGGAGACGGUGAGGAACCUGGAGCAGGCCAACGGACAGCUGGAGAUGAAGAUCCUAGAGGCCCUGGAGAAGGGAGGACCAGACGUCCGCGACUACAGCAAGUACAGCCCUAUACUGGACGACCUGCGCAAGAAGGUGGGGGUGUGAAUGAGAAAAAGAGGGGGGGGGGGGGGGAGAUAGUGAGAGGUGCAAUAUGGGGUGUCUUGAUGAGUCGUAUCACAUUCAAACAAAUAAUCAUACAGUAUUAUUACAAGAGUGAUAGUGACAAAGAGAGAGAGGGAGAGAGAGAGAGGGAGAGAGAGAGAGGGAGAGAGAGAGGGAGAGAGAGAGCGAGAGAGGGGGGCUGUUGAUAAAGGAUAAUGUGUGUAGAAAAAAGGGUUAAGGUGAGGAAUUUGUGGUUUUGUUGUCUUUUGUUGCUUUAGAUAAGUGUGUUCAUAGAUAAUCCUUGAUUUGAUUAACCUAUAAAUCUAAAUAUCCAUGUAAUGUCACCACUGUUGCAACUUUUCUGUGAAUUAAAACCCAUAUGGUAUGAGAGAUGGCCCUCCAAGAAUGAAUUUAAGCAAAGGGACAAUUCUGUAUUUGCCCAUUUAUACAUUGCUUCUCACUCUUUCUGCCUUUACUUCAACAAUUCUGUGGGAAACCCUGCUUUGGAACAACUGGCUUAUAACAUUUCCUAACAACUGAAUAGAGGGUGGGGCAGGGUGGGGCUGGGUGGAGCUGGUAUCCCCUUACCUUCCCCCUCCUUCCCUAGUUCCCUCACUCCUCAAACUGGUCAAAAAGUUCCUCAAAUGAAUAAUUUGGUGGAAGCAGUGAAUCAUCAUAAAAAAAAACUGACCAAAACCCAUAAACAAUGUUCCAAAAUCGUUUCCAACCCACUGGGUCACUCUCCCAGGUUACUCUGGGGCAUAGUGUAGUGUAGUGUGGGAAGGACCAGCAAUGUGAACCAGAUGUGGUGUGACAACACACAAAAAUAAUCCCCUGUGAGAUUUGAAACACAUGGUGGGUGUGCUGGUUGUAUAACCAUUAUAGCUCCACACAGCACAGUCAAAGAUCUCUGUAAGAAUUCCAACAAGAUAUCACGAAUUCCCAGCAAAAACAGACUUUUGUCCAAAAGAAUUCAUAGGCCCUCUAUAGCUUAUGAUGGCACUUUUAUGAUGAAUGCUAGCCUUGUUCCACUUGCCGGACACAUAAAGCAACAAGAGUUUAAUUUUUUGUGUGAUUCACACCAGAAUGCCAUGGUUACAAACACACAGAUUGUGGUGGGGGGGAAAGAACUCUCUUUAUGGUUUUGUGGGGGGACAGGAAGCCCCGCCCUUUUCUUUUAACAAUGAAAACUGAGAACAGACUCAGCCCUGGAGCGGGAACCCAUUUUCCUGUUUUUACGUUUGUGGUUCCUCUUUUUCUUAGAGUCAUGUCACGGUAACCAUAGAUUCAUUUGUGAUUCACUCAACCUGCAGUUUCAAUAUCUCCCCCCUGAGAGUCUUAGAUUUAAAAUGGUGGUGAUGGGAAGCAGAUCCCGUGAUGGAACAUAUUAGUUCUUCUUUUGUAUUGCCAGCUCAACUGUGUAUGACACACACAAUUAUAGUUAGAAUUAAGAAGUGGGGGAAAACAAACAGGCCUACAGCUUUCCUCUAUAACUGACAUGGAUUCAAAAGUUAAGUUAAGUUAAGUUAAGUAAAGCAUCAUAAUGCUCAUGUCACCUGCAAAAUUGUCCUCCAAAAUAGUUUCAGAAAAGAUUGAGUCUGUUAUUGUCAUAUAUUCAUUGGAAUUAACAAUAUUUUUCUCCAAUAGGUCUUCGAUGCGACAGUGGACAAUGCUAGCCUUCUGCUCCAAAUCGAUAAUGCCCGCUUAGCUGCAGAUGACUUCAAAGUAAAGUGAGUUUACCACUAUAAAUUACAUCUUUCUGCACACUGGUUAGCUGCAGAUGACUUCCGAGUAAAGUGAGUUUAGCGCUGUGAAUGACAUAUUUCUGCACACUGGUAAGCCGUAGAUGACUCUUUUAACAAUGAAAACUGAGAACAGACUCAGCCCUGGAGCUGGAACCCAUUUUCCUGUUUUUACGUUUGUGGGUCCUCUUUUUCUCAGAGUCAUGUCACGGUUUCUCCCAUUCUUCUCUGCAGAUCCUCUCAAGCUCUGUCAGGUUGGAUGGGGAGCGUCGUUGCACAGCUAUUUUCAGGUCUCUCCAGAGAUGUUAGAUCAGGUUCAAGUCCGGGCUCUGGCUGGGCCACUCAAGGACAUUCAGAGACUUGUCCCGAAGCCACUCCUGCAUAGUCUUGGCUGUGUGCUUAGGGUCGUUGCCCUGUUGGAAGGUGACUUUCGCACCUGUCUGAGGUCCUGAGUGCUCUGGAGCAGGUUUUCAUCAAGGAUCUCUCUGUACUUUGCUCCGUUCAUCUUUUCCUCAAUCCUAACUAGUCUCCCAGUCCCUGCCGCUGAAAAACAUCCCCACAGCAUGAUGCUGUCACCACCAUGCUUCACCGUAGGGAUGGUAUUGGCCAGGUGAUGAGCGGUGCCUGGUUUCCUCCAGACGUGACGCUUGGCAUUUAGGCCAAAUAGUUCAAUCUUGGUUUCAUCAGACCAGAGAAUCUUGUUCCUCAUGGUCUGAGAGCCUUUUGGCAAACUCCAAGCAGGCUGUCAUGUGCCUUUUACUGAGGAGUGGCUUCCGUCUGGCGACUCUACCAUAAAGGCCUGAUUGGUGGUGCUGCAGAGAUGGUUGUCCUUCUGGAAGGUUCUCCCAUCUCCACAGAGGAACUCUGGAGCUCUGUCAGAGUGACCAUCGGGUUUUGGUCACCUCCCUGACCAAGGCCCUUCUCCCACCGAUUGCUCAGUUUGGCCGAGCGGCCAGCUCUAGGAAGAGUCUUGGUGGUUCCAACCUUCUUCUAUUUAAGAAUGAUGGAGGCCACUGUGUUCUUGGGGACCUUCAAUGCUGCAGAAAUGUUUUGGUACCGUUCCCCAGAUCUGUGCCUUGACACAAUCCUGUCUCUGAGCUCUACGGACAAUUCCUUCGACCUCAUGGCUUGGUUUUUGCUCUGACAUGCACUGUCAACUGUGGGACCUUAUAUAGACAGGUAUGUACCUUUCCAAAUCAUGUCCAAUCAAUAGAAAUUCCGUGGAUGUGUAAAUCAAGGCCGGACCGGACUGCACCAAAACAAGACGUCCAAAAAGCGUCAGUGUCAUUCCGUGCUUGAUGAGGUGCCUACAGUGUUGCCUGAAAUUGAAUUUUAUGAAUGCCCAUCUAUGUGGUAAGCCUACCGUUUGUAAAACACCACAAAAAGACGUCCGGUCCAUUCCAUAUUAUCCAUUUUACUUUGACCUGUCCUGUUAGUAGGAUAUGUUGUUUGUUAACAUGACAUUUUAUCUCCAGCCUGUAGGCUACAGAAAAGACCACAUACUCUUUCCUACAUAUGCUAUAUCUACAUAUGAUUUAUGUUGGAUGAUUAUUUUGACAGAACAUUGGUGGAGCGCCGCAGCGAUGCGUCUCUCCAACAGAACCCUGGAGAAACGCGCUGGGAAUGGACAAAGUGGGCACUGCGUAUCACAGGGCGGCAUCAGCGCUCACCUAAAAAGCCCAUAUGCCACUGGUCGAUAGAAAUUGUCAUUGUUUUUGGCCAGAAUUAUGUGAGGUUUUUGUGUUGUUGGAGGUGCGUCUUGCUCAGUUUAGCUCAGAAAAUGCCGCCCUUGUCAAACAGAUGAGCGGGCCGGCCGUGGUUGGAACCUUCGUAGGAGCAUUGUUAAAUCUCUGAGCUGUUGUUAUUAACAUUGCACUUGAAAACACUCGUAAUCUAACGCCACCACUCAUUGAACACCUAAAUGCAUCGUUAGAUGCUUUUUUGCCUUCCCAUGUCACUUUAUACACAGAAGAUCUCCGCUAAACAUAGAAUCACAUGUUUUUUAUUUCUCUCUGUGACCGCUGAUAACUUCAGAACAAAGUUGACUACAAAUACAAAGUUUCCAAUGUCUAUACAAUUGAUACAAACAAGUGACGUAUAAAAACAUGCUUCAAAUGAAUACCAAGAUGACUGCAUUAAAAUAUAAACAGUAGGCUAUAGGCCUAUUUCAAUCAUAUUGAAAUACAUUUCAUGUUUAACCUAUUAAGGAUCUGACCCUUUUUUUCAAUUUUCGCAUAAAAUUACAUACCCAAAUCUAACUACCUGUAGCUCAGGACCUGAAUCAAGGAUGUGAAUAUUCUUGAUACCAUUUGAAAGGAAACACUUAGAAGUUUGUGGAAAUUUGAAAUUAAUGUAGGAGAAUAUAACACAUUGGAUCUGGUAAAAGAUAAUACAUAAUCUUUGAAACGCAAGAGAAAGGCCACAAUAUAAUAUUGCAGUUUAGGCGCUAUUUAGGUUUUGGCCGUUAGAUGGCAGCAGUGUGUGUGCAAAGUUUCAGAUAUAUCCAGUGAAGCGUUGCAAUACCGGACUAUUUUGUAUAAAGUCUGCCCAAACGUGCCGAAUUGGUCAAUUGAUACAUUUUAAAGUACAUAACUAUAGAGAACAUACAAAAAUGAUAUGGUAAUACAAAACGUAAGUUUACACACUCCCAGGAAUGUCAUACAUUUACAUUUACAUUUUAGUCAUUUAGCAGACGCUCUUAUCCAUAGCGAUUUACAGUUAGUGAGUGCAUACAUUUUCAUACUGAUGGAUCAUUAGCUUAUACACUAACUUUCACACAUCUAGAUGGCCGGGCGGGGUGGGUGUGGAGCCAGAGACAGCAGGGGUUCAAACUGUAGAACCCAGUUCCUACAUUUGAAUAUAAACAUGGAUUUUAUCAAACAAAACUAUGCUACAUUUAAUCUCUGGGACCCUUAGGAUGACAAAUCAGAGCAAGAUUACUGAAUGUAAGUACAUUAUUUACCUUCAGAGGUGAAUGUAUCAACCCAGUUGCCGUGCUAAGUUUAUUGCUGUUGUGCACUCUCCUCAAACAAUAGCAUGGUAUUUGUUCACUGUAAUAACUACUGUAAAUUGGACAGUGCAGUAAGAUUAACAAGAAUUUAAGCUUUCUGCCUAUAUAAGACAUGUCUAUGUCCUGGAAAGUUUGCUGUUACUUACAACAGUCAUGCUAAUCACAUUAGCGCACGUUAGCUCAACCGUCCCGUAUACCGGACACCGAUCCCGUAGAGGUUAAUCAAUUGAGUUCUAUUUUUCUACUUGUAUGCUACUAUCUGUAAUUUGUCUCAAUAUAUUUCAUGAUGUGUAGCCUAACACGUGCGCAAUGAUGUGCCAAAUCUGUGAUUUAGUACAUUUUUAUUGGGUAAGCAUUAGAAUGAGACGCCUCAAUAUUUGCAGCCGUAGGUGGUAAUAUCUCUCUAGGAGCUGAUCUGUUGUCAGUAUUGUGAAAUAAUUCUAAUGCUAAGGCAAGAUUUGAAUGGAGAAAGCUGAUCCGAGAGCAGUUCUCCCUUUCUUUCGAUCCUACCAGUAUCGACACAUGCUCCAAUGACGCACUUAGCGACUGUUCUCUCUGUGUGGUGUUUUGGGAAACGCAUGUUACAUAUUUGGCCUCUGUAAGAAAGAUGCAUCAUUAAAACACUCGUAAGCCUAAGUUCCAUCGCUAUCGGGAAGCCCUGUUCUGAAAAUUGGGGGGACAUGUCCCCCCAUAUCCCGUGGCAAUUUCGCCCAUGCUAUCUUGGUUAAAUUGUGUUAUUCUAUCAUUUAUGUAUUCAAAUAGCUACAGUUUUCUUAAAAACUGAACAUGUCUAAUUCAGAAGUGUCAGAUAGAGCCUUAUGGCUGAACCCAGAUUGACAUGUCAGAGCCAUAAUGUUCUAUCUGCUAUUGCACCCCCCUAAAAACUGAUUUAGGAUUUCUAUACCUUUAAGGUGAGGACCUUAAUGGGUUAUGAAAGAAGAAUUCACUACAAAACAGUUCCGAGAUCUGGGAUGUGAAAACUUUGAUGCUCAAUAUCUCAGAACAAUGCUUUGAUCAGAUCAAACCUUAUAGUCAAAGGUCACAAUUUCCAGCUAUUUUAUGUCAACAAGGAGUUUAGUGACAGUCUCCCUAUGCCCACAGGUUUGAAUCUGAGUAUGGAAUUCGCCAGUCAGUGGAGGCGGACAUUGCCGGGCUGAAGAAGGUCAUCGAUGACACCAACAUGGGCAGGAUGAACGUGGAGAGUGAGAUCGAGGCCGUGAGGGAGGAGCUCAUCUUUCUCAGGAAGAACCAUGGCAAUGUGAGCUAUAGUAUUUAUAUUGAAUAUCAUAAUCAAAUAAUCAUUUGAAAUUUAAUAUUUUUAUUGUAUUAGAAUAGGUUGAAGACUAAUAUUAUUAUUGGAAGCGUCUCAUUACGUUUUGAGCUACUCCAGGUAGCGACAUUUCAGGCUAGCUCAGUGCUGCCCCCUCUCAUUGAUUAUCUCAAGUUGAAGGCCGACUAGGGUACUGCAGGCAGCAAAUUAAUUAUUUACAUUUUAGUCAUUUAGCAGAAGCUCUUAUCCAGAGUGACUUACAGCUAGUGAGUGCAUACAUUUUUCAUACUUUUUUUCUGUUCAUACUGGCCCCCCGUGGGAAUCGAACCCACAACCCUGGCAUUGCAAGUGCCAUGCUCUACCAACUGAGCUACAGGAGGCCUAUAACUGUCCUUAUAACUUUACAUUUACAUUUAAGUUAUUUAGCAGACGCUCCUAUCCAGAGCGACUUGGUGCAUUCAACUUAGGAUAGCCGGUGGGACAACCACUUUUUUUUUUUUUUUAUGGGGGGAUGGGGAAUGGGGGGGGGGGGGGGGUAGAAGGAUUACUGUUAUACUAUUCCAGGUAUUCCUUAAAGAGGUAGGGUUUCAAGUGUCUCCGGAACGUGGUCAGUGACUCCGCUGUCCUGGCGUCGUAGGGGAGCUUGUUCAACCAUUGGGGUGCCAGAGCAGCGAAUAGCUUUGACUGGGCUGAGCGGGAACUGUGCUUACGUAGAGGUAGGGGGGUUAGCAGGCCAGAGGUGGAUGAACGUAGUGCCCUCGUUUGGGUGUAGGGUCUGAUCAGAACCUGAAGGUAAGGAGGUGCCGUUCCCCUCACAGCUCCGUAGGCAAGCACCAUGUUUUUGUAGUAGAUGCGAGCUUCAACUGGAAGCCAGUGGAGUGUGCGGAGGAGCGGGGUGACAUGAGAGAACUUGGGAAGGUUGAACACCAGACGGGCUGCAGCGUUCUGGAUAAGUUGUAGGGGUUUAAUGGCACAGGCAGGGAGCCCAGCCAACAGCGAGUUGCAGUAAUCCAGACGGGAGAAGACAAGUGCCUGGAUUAGGACCUGUGCCGCUUUCUGUCUAAGGUAGGGUCGUACUCUGCGAAUAUUGUAGAGCAUGAACCUGCAGGAUCUGGUCACCGCUUUGAUGUUAGCAGAGAACGACAGGGUGUUGGCCAGGGUCACGCUAAGGUUCUUUGCACUCUGGGAGGAGGACACAAUGGAGUUGUCAACCGUGAUGGCGAGAUCAUGGAGCGGGCAGUCCUUCCCCGGGAGGAAGAGCAGCUCCGUCUUGCCGAGGUUCAGCUUGAGGUGGUGAUCCGACAUCCACACUGAUAUGUCUGCCAGACAUGCAGAGAUGCGAUUCACCACCUGGUUAUCAGAAGGGGGAAAGGAGAAAAUUAAAUGUGUGUCGUCUGCGUAGCAAUGAUAGGAGAGACCAUGUGAGGAUAUGACAGAGCCAAGUGACUUAGUGUAUAGAGAGAAUAGGAGAGGGCCUAGAACUGAGCCCUGGGGGACACCAGUGGUGAGAGCACGUGGUGCGGAGACAGAUUCUCACCACGCCACCUGGUAGGAGCGACCUGUCAGGUAGGACGCAAUCCAAGAGUGAGCAGCGCCGGAGAUGCCCAACUCGGAGAGGGUGGAGAGGAGGAUCUGAUGGUUCACAGUAUCAAAGGCAGCAGAUAGGUCUAGAAGGAUAAGAGCAGAGGAGAGAGAGUUAGCUUUAGCAGUGCGGAGAGCCUCCGUGACACAGAGAAGAGCAGUCUCAGUUGAAUGACCAGUCUUGAAACCUGACUGGUUUGGAUCAAGAAGGUCAUUCUGAGAGAGAUAGCAGGAGAGUUGGCUAGAGACUGCACGCUCAAGAGUUUUGGAGAGAAAAGAAAGAAGGGAUACUGGUCUGUAGUUGUUGACAUCGAAGGGAUCAAGUGUAGGUUUUUUGAGGAGGGGUGCAACUCUCGCUCUCUUGAAGACGGAAGGGACAUAGCCAGCGGUUAAGGAUGAGUUGAUGAGCGAGGUGAGGUAAGGGAGAAGGUCUCCGGAAAUGGUCUGGAGAAGAGAGGAGGGGAUAGGGUCAAGCGGGCAGGUUGUUGGGCGGCCGGCCGUCACAAGUCGCAAGAUUUCAUCUGGAGAGAGAGGGGAGAAAGAAGUCAAAGCAUAGGGUAGGGCAGUCUGAGCAGGACCAGCUGUGUCAUUUGACUUAAUAAAUGAGGAUCGGAUGUCGUCAACCUUAUUUUCAAAAUGGUUGACGAAGUCACCCACAGAGAGGGAGGAGGGAGGGGGAGGAGGAGGAGGAGGAUUCAGCAGGGAGGAGAAGGUGGCAAAGAGCUUCCUAGGGUUAGAGGCAGAGGCUUGAAAUUUAGAGUGGUAGAAAGUGGCUUUAGCAGCAGAAACAGAGGAAGAAAAUGUAGAGAGGAGGGAGUGAAAAGAUGACAGGUCUGCAGGGAGUCUAGUUUUCCUCCAUUUCCGCUCGGCUGCCCGGAGCCCUGUUCUGUGAGCUCGCAAUGAGUCGUCAAGCCACAGAGCAGGAGGGGAGGACCGAGCCGGCAGGGAGGAUAGGGGACAUAGAGAGUCAAAAGAUGCAGAAAGGGAGGAGAGGAGGGUUGAGGAGGCAGAAUCAGGAGAUCGGAGGGAGAAGGAUUUCGCAGAGGGAAGAGAUGAUAGGAUGGAAGAGUAGCGGGAGAGAGAGAGAAAAGGUUGCGACGGCACAUUACCAUCUGAGUAGGGGCAGAGUGAGUAGUGUUCAAAUCAAAUCAAAUCAAAUGUUAUUGGUCACAUGCGCCGAAUACAACAGGUGCAGACAUUACAGUGAAAUGCUUACUUACAGCCCUUAACCAACAGUGCAUUUAUUUUUGACAAAAAAAUAAAACAACAACAAAAAAAGUGUUGAGAAAAAAAGAGCAGAAGUAAAAUAAAAUAACAGUAGGGAGGCUAUAUAUACAGGGGGGUACCGGUGCAGGAGAGCGAGAGAGAAAAGGAUACAAAGUAGUGGUCAGAAACUUGGAGGGGAGUUGCAGUGAGAUUAGUAGAAGAACAGCAUCUAGUAAAGAUGAGGUCAAGCGUAUUGCCUGCCUUGUGAGUAGGGGGGGACGGUGAGAGGGUGAGGUCAAAAGAGGAAAGGAGUGGAAAGAAGGAGGCAGAGUCACCCAGAACUGUGAGGGGUGAGCCAUCCUCAGGAAAGGAACUUAUCAAGGCGUCAAGCGCAUUGAUGAACUCUCCAAGGGAACCUGGAGGGUGAUAAAUGAUAAGGAUGUUAAGCUUGAAUGGACUAGUGACUGUGACAGCAUGGAAUUCAAAUGAGGAGAUAGACGGAUGGGUCAGGGGGAAAAGAGAGAAUGUCCACUUGGGAGAGAUGAGGAUUCCUGUGCCACCGCCGCGCUGACCAGAUGCUCUUGGGGUAUGCGAGAGCACAUGAUCAGACGAGGUAGUCUCCUGAGUGGCACAGUGGUCUAAGGCACUGCAUCGCAGUGCAAACUGUGCCACUAGAGAUCCUGGUUUGAAUCCAGGCUCUGUCGCAGCCGGCCGCGACCGGGAGACUCAUGGGCGGCGCACAAUUCGUCCAGGGUAGGGGAGGGAAUGGCUGGCAGGGAUGUAGCUCAGUUGAUAGAGCAUGGUGUUUGCAAUGCCAGGGUUGUGGGUUCGAUUCCCACGGGGGGCCUGUAUUAAAAAAAUAUAUGUAUUCACUAACUGUAAGUUGCUCUGGAUAAGAGCGUCUGCUAAAUGACUAAAAUGUAAUGUAGCAGUGUUUUCUGUGGUAAUCCAUGUUUCCGUCAGCGCCAAGAAGUCGAGGAACUGGAGGGUAGCUUCUUCUGUAUUUUAAAAUAAUUGGAUACAUCUGGUGUGAUAGAAGCAAUUAUUGGUACAUGACUGUCUUCUAAAAAACAUUUUUUUACAUGAAUAUUUCCAAAGAAGAUUGACAUUUUCCCAUUACAUUUACAUUUACGUCAUUUAGCAGACGCUCUUAUCCAGAGCGACUUACAUUCAGUUUAAUACUUUUUCCAUUCAGGGCGGCGCACAAUUGGCCCAGCGUCGUCCGGGUUUGGCCGGUGUAGGCCGUCAUUGUAAAUAAGAAUUUGUUCUUAACUGACUUGCCUAGUUAAAUAAAGGUUAAAUAAAAAAUAAAUAAAAAAUACAAAUAUUCACUAUAAUGGGGGAUCCUGCUUUCCGGAAAUAACAGCCUGCAGUACCCCAGUCUUUAUCUUCAUGGCUUCAAUGAGACGUGGCAGUUGUUCUCCCCUGAUUGAGACUGAAUGUCCAUGUCAAACAAUCAUUUGAAAUAGAACAUUUUCAGAAUAGAUUUAAGAAUAACAUAAUCCAGGAAGAAUGAUGAUAACGUGAUAACAAUAUCAGACUAACCUCAUCACUAGCUGUGAACUUUUCACAUUUCACAGUUGGUUAAUUUUGGAAUGCCUUACUAUUUCUCUUUUGUCUUUGUCUCUCUCUCUCUCUCUCUCUCUCUCUCUCUCUCUCUCUCUCUCUCUCUCUCUCUCUCUCUCUCUCUCUCUCCACCUUCCCUUAUACCCUCUCUCCAACAGGAAGUGAUGGAGAUGAGGAACCAGAUCACUCAGUCGGGGGUGCAGGUGGACGUGGACGCCCCCAAGGGUCAGGACCUGUCACUGGUCAUGGAGGAGAUGAGGGCCAAGUACGAGAAGAUGGCUCUGAAGAACACAGAGGACCUCAAAGUGUGGCACGAAAACCAGGUUAGCCCAUCCUAUCUUCACAGUGUUCAGAAGGACAGAAUAAUGAAUAUGUUCUUAUCAUUGCUUCAUACAUUCUAAUAUUGCACACCACAUAAAGCCUAUGAUACUCUGGUUUUGUACCGCAAUUGGAAUUGAAAUGGAUUACCUCACACCCACAGGCCAAUAUAAAAAUGUGUAUUUGCAAAAAGUGUAGAUCUCCAAUAAUUGUUGUACAACUAGUAUCAUAUCUGGGUACUCUAGUCACACAACAAAAGCCUGAACUCCAAAACAUGAAUUCACCUCUCAAGUUGACUAAGCUUCUCUCCCUCUCUCCCUCUCUCCCUCCCUCCCAUCUCCCUUCCUCUGUGCUGUGGUAUAGAUCUCAGACGUGCAGGUGCAGGUAUCCCAGAACACAGAGGCCCUGCAGGGGGCCCAGGUCGAGAUGAGCGACCUACAUAGACAGCUACAGACCCUCGAGAUUGAGCUGGCGUCUCAACAGAGCUUGGUAAGGACAUUCUUUCAAUAUGAUGAUAACAUAUUUCAGUUAAAUUCCUAAAUUCCUCAGAGCAGAGAUGGAACUGAUAGUAACCCCAGUAUGUCCUCUAUGUCCAACAGAGGAGGCUGGUGAGAGGAGAUAUAGGAGGAUGUGCUCAUUGUAAUGGCUGGAAUGGAAUCAAUGGAACGGUAUCAAACAAAUGGAAAACACGUUUGACUCCAUUCCGUUUAUUCCAUUCCAGUCAUUACAAUGAGCCUGUCCUCCUAUAGCUCCGCCCACCAGCCUCAUCUGAUGUACAGCAUCCUUUUGAAGCCCACCACCAAACCUUAGCCAUACCCUCCAUAUCCCCAAAUUCCAACAUUCUAAUAAUCCCAAUAUUAUUCAACAAUGUUCCCAAAAUUCCCCUGUUAUUCCCAACAGAAAUCCUCCUUGGAGGACACCUUGCGUAACGUGGAGAUGCGUUCCAACAUGGAGGUGGAGAAGUACAAUGCCAUCCUCAUCCGUCUGGAGAGUGAGCUGACCAACCUGCGGGGCAACAUCCAGCAGCAGGGCCAGGAGUAUGAGGCGCUGCUCAACAUGAAAAUGAAGCUGGAGGCCGAGAUCGCCACCUACAGGAGCCUGCUCGACGGAGGGGACUUCAAGUGAGUGGACGAGGGGAUGAGGGAGAUUGGCCUAAUCCCAAAUCGAUCCUUAGACCAAUUGGAUAGGUAUAAGCAUUAUGUUCAUAGCUCCACCUUCCACCUUGAUAGGCCAGGUGGAAGUUUCAUCAUAUUGGUUAUACCAAUCAAAUCGUCUCAGAUCUCCACAAGUGCAUGGGACAAAGGGCUUGAAGGUUGAUUUGGGAUUGGACCAUUGACUGACUAUUGGGGUGCAUCUUAAUAGCCUAAAGUGGCUUCCUCUCUUCUUGAUUUGUUUUCUUCAUGUGCACUGAUUUACAGACACAUGGAUAGGUGGAUGUUAGAUGUCCACCAAUCCAGUUCGUUGACAUCAGUGAAGGAAAGAAGGCGAAAAUGAGAGGAAGCAACUUUAGACUAUUGAGACGCACCCUUAUCUCCGAGAAGGGUUGAGCUGACUGAGAUUAAAUACAUGUUUUAAUCAGUGUUAUCAGGCAAGAAUAAGAACAAAGAGUAGAGGGUCAAAUUCCUGAUUCAAUCACAGCUAUGCUUCAAGCUCAACUACCACAAUAGGCGUGGAUCAAAUAAAAUCUAGGGAGUUGAAAGAGGAUAUAAUGAGAUGGUGAGGUGGGGUGACACUUACCAUGAGUCAAAUACUUGGAAAUUGUGACAAAGUGAAAUGGCAGAAACACAAAAUAAUUUUGGACACAUCUGCAGCAAGAAGGCCUAGUAUGUGUGAAACACAAUACUUGAGGUAGUUUGGCACCAUCUACAGUAUAAACCAGGUAUAGCCAGAUUAUUUGUCCUGUUAAUGAAUGUUUUUAAUUUAUUUUACUAGGCAAGUCAGUUAAGAACAAGUUCUUUACAAUGACUGCCUACACCAGCCAAACACGGACGACGCUGGGCCAAUUGAGCGCCGCCCUACGGGACUCCCAAUCACAGCCAGUUGAGAUACAGCCUGGAAUCGAACCAGGGGGUCUGUAGAGACGCCUCAAGCACUGAGAUGCAGUGCCUUAGACCACUGCGCUACUCAGUCCCAUGUUUUAAUACCUAUUUUUUCUAUUCCAGGCUCCAAGACGCUAUGGAUGAACUGAAACCCUAAGGAAAUGAGGGGGGACAAAAGUGAUGACCAAUUGUCAACUUCAUGGAGAGAGAUACACACAAACACAGAGGAGUCAAACCCAUCAAAUGGGCAUAACCAUCUCAUAAAAAUUUAAAAUUAAACUUUGAUGCAAUAAAUGCAACGGUUUAUCAUUUAA